AUGGCGAACCGAGAAGUUUUGUCCUCCCGAACGGAGACUCUCAACAAGUACCUGAAGCUCGACCAAAAGGGCUCCAUCAUGGCCGAAUACGUCUGGGUGGACGCCAGCGGCGAGACUCGAUCAAAAUCGAGGACACUCGAGGAGAAGGAGUACAAGCCUGAAGAUCUCCCCGUUUGGAAUUUCGAUGGUUCCUCCACCGAACAGGCUCCCGGCGAGAACUCGGACGUCUACCUGCGUCCCUGUGCCGUCUAUCCCGAUCCCUUCCGCGGCUCCCCCAACAUCAUUGUCCUUGCUGAGUGCUGGAACGCCGACGGCACGCCCAACAAGUUCAACUUCCGUUAUGAGUGCAACAAGGUGAUGGAGGCCAACGCCGAGCACGAGCCUUGGUUCGGCCUCGAGCAGGAGUAUACUCUGCUUGAUCAUGAUGGUCGCCCUUACGGCUGGCCCGUUGGCGGUUUCCCAGCUCCCCAGGGUCCUUACUACUGCGGCGUUGGCAGUGGCAAGGUUGUUAUGCGCGACAUUGUCGACUCUCACUACAAGGCCUGCCUCUACGCUGGAAUUCACAUCUCAGGCACCAACGCUGAAGUGAUGCCCGGCCAGUGGGAGUACCAAGUCGGCCCAUGUGUCGGUAUCAGCAUGGGUGACGAACUUUGGAUUUCACGAUUUAUGCUCGCCCGAGUCGCAGAGGACUAUGGUGUGAAGGUCUCAUUCCACCCCAAACCUAUGAGCGGAAACUGGAAUGGAGCUGGUUUGCAUAGCAACUUUAGUACAAAAGAAAUGCGCGUUGAGGGUGGCAUGAAGUUCAUUGAAGAUGCUCUCAAGAAGCUCGAACCCCACCACAUCGAGUGUAUCAAGGAGUACGGAGAGGACAAUGACCUGCGUCUCACUGGAAGUCACGAGACUGGUUCCAUUGAUCAGUUUACUUGGGGUGUUGCCAACCGCGGCUGCUCUAUCCGAAUCCCCCGGGAGACUGCUGCCAAGGGCUAUGGCUACUUUGAAGACCGCCGACCCGCGUCCAAUGCCGAUCCUUACCGUGUCACCAAGAUUCUUAUGACGUCGAUAUUCGGCAAGUUGUAA